GAUAGCCCAUUCUUCGUCAGUCUCCCGGCGACGGACCGGUACAACAUUCUCAAUGCGGCCAGGCUCCGAAGCCGUCUCCGGAUGGGGUACUCAAAGGAGCAACUAGACAGCAUGUUUCCUGAUAGAAUGGCAUUCUCGAAGUUUCAAAUCGAGCGUGUAAAGGAGCGCAAUGACUUAACGCAGCGCCUGAUGAAUAUUAACGGCAUGAACGGUGAAGAUGCUCUGUACAAAUCAGGACAACGUAUUGCCGGAGAACGCGGGAAGGAGUAUGUCUUAGUGAAGGACGAUACCAUCGAAGGUGGCUGGGUUUUGGGUGUUGUGGGAAAUAAGGAAGGUCAAGAAGAUAAACCUAUCGAUGCUGACCAAUAUGGUCAGCAGCUGAUAUUCCCAGAUAAAGAGGAUGAUUCGAAUGACGAUGACGGAGGAUUUGAAGAUGUACCUAUUGAAGGAUUCAACCGACUCCCUAAGCUGCCUUUUCUCCAGAAAGGGGGUUUCGAUGAGCCAAACAGGAAUCAGAUGCGUGAUAGCUUGAAUACGAGAGGCCCCGAGCUGCAGGCAGCCAACGAAGACUCCCUUUUCGUGGAAGGUGGUCAGGAUGAAUUCCUAUCGAAGCAUAACCGCCAUACUGCAGAUACUUUGUUCGAUAUUAGUGGAGAUGAUGAUGACGAAACGCUUCAACGAGCGAUCGCGAUGUCACUCGAACCUGGAGGGGAUAUCAAUAAUGAUGAUCUACCUGAAAUUCAGCUUAACCAGAACCAUAUGUCUCUUCCAACUAUCGAUGAGGCCCCGGCAAACGUUACGGAUCAUAGUGAUGACGAAGGAAUGGACUUUGUCGCCGCCUUAGCACAGUCUAAGAGAAUAAAGAAAGCACCGUCCAAAGUGGCAGAUAAUCCCUUCGAUGGUCCGCUACCCUUUGAGUCACUUAAACCGCUCAAAACUGGAAAGUCACUCAAUCGUGCUCAAAUACCCGAACAAGACGCUGGCGCCAAAACAUCCGACAAAGAACCAAGUAAGACGAAGGAUAACCAGCCACUGCCGCCGUGGUUCUCAGGGCCAUCGCAAACUGUCAAAAAUGUUGAAUUUGUUAGUGAUGAGGUUGAUCUUCGUCCAGUGGCGAAGCCGCCUACUGAGCAGAACAUACCAGAUCAUGUGUUCAUCGUUGGCGAUGAAGACGCGACGGAGGAUCAUAAUUUAGAGUCUUCAAAAGGCUCAAAGCCAUUCAUUGACUUGGAGGACCCAACUCCUCAACUGAACGUUGUUAGUCAAGAGGUUCAAAUCAAGCGCGAGAAUAGACCAGAAAUAACUCCUGUCGAAGCACAAGCUACUGAGACAAAGGACGCCGAAGCUUUGGAGGCACACAUGGGAGAUAGUGUCCCAGUGGAUGCGUCUAAUCAUUCUAUGACGAAACACACCUCCUUUGAUGAUAAACCAGAUUUGAGGCAUAUCGAAAAGUCGCCUUCGCCUGAGUUCGAGGAUGUUGUCUUGCAGCCCGACAAUGUACCCGCGGAACCCAUUGCACUAGAUCAAUCAGAUCAAGUGGAGGAAUAUUAUGAUGAGGAAAUUUUCUCAGAUCCUGAAGACGAGCAAUUACUCGAACAGCUUGCGGCUGAAGGGGAAGAGCAUGUACGCUUUGCAGCGACACUAAACUCUACUUCUCACACAGAACUUCCAUUUGACUACGAGCAAGAACUGAGACAAUUGCGAUCUCAGCAAAAGAAGGACCGCAGAGAUGCAGACGAAGUGUCACAAGUCAUGAUUACUGAAUGCCAGCAGUUGCUGAGGCUAUUCGGUCUUCCAUACAUCACGGCCCCUAUGGAAGCUGAAGCCCAGUGUGCAGAACUGGUGUCACUCGGCCUUGUUGAUGGUAUCAUCACCGAUGAUAGUGAUGUGUUUUUAUUCGGAGGAACACGCGUUUACAAAAACAUGUUCAACCAAAGCAAGUUUGUCGAAUGCUACCUCACAACCGACCUGGAGAAAGAGUACUCUUUGUUUCGUACCAAACUCAUCAGGCUUGCCCAUCUAUUAGGAAGCGACUACACAGAGGGCAUCCCCGGCAUCGGGCCUGUAACUGCUCUAGAGAUCCUCACUGAAUUCGGGACCCUGGAAGACUUCCGUGAUUGGUGGACUCAGGUGCAAACAGGACUCAACAUGGGCAACGAUAGCCAUGCAACAUUCUACAAGAAGUUCAAAAAGCAUGCGACUAAAAUCUUCCUACCACCAUCUUUCCCCGAUCCCCGAGUCGAUGCCGCGUACCUGGAACCAGAGGUGGACUCGGACCCGUCUCCCUUCCAGUGGGGAGUACCCGACUUACAUGGCCUGCGGGACUUCCUUAUGUCAACAAUCGGCUGGAGUCAAGAACGCACUGAUGAGGUCCUGGUGCCCGUAAUUCGCGACAUGAACCGCAGAGAUCAGGAGGGCACACAAUCGAAUAUUACUAGUUUCUUCAGCGGUCCACAAGGAGCGGGUGCCUUUGCACCACGUGUUCGCAGUGGUGGCCAGACAAGAAUGGAGAAAGCAUUUAGUCGACUCCGGCAGCAAGCUGCAUCUGUGGAACAGCCGGAUUCAACUGGCGUAGAUGGUUACUUGGUUGAUCCAGCCGCAGAUAAUUCCUUGGAGAGUCCAGUAACGUCAACAAGGAAGGAGGCGCGCACCAAACGAGGGCGUCAUGGAGGACGAACUACAAAGGAUGGGCAUGAAGACAUCACGGACAGGACCGCUACCAACAAAAAACGUCGGACCCGCGCCAAGUAG